CAGAUGGAUGAGGCUUUUUUCCCCUCCUCCCUGUUAAUGAUUAAGAAGAUCUUCUGUAAAUAUGAUGCUCGCUUGCACGCGGCCUGCUCGCUCACCUUCUCACAGCACAGCACGACACCUUCUCGGCCUUCUUCCUCUUCUUCCUCCUCCUGACAAAAGAUGCACCAGCUGCUUCUGCUCUGGUUCAGGACCGCUUAAGGACAAAUGAGCAGCUUCUCCUGAUUUAUUUAUUUUUAUUUAUUUAUUUAUUUAUUUUAUAAAUUCAAAUGUCCCCCGUGCACGGAGUGACGAUGGCCCUGAAACGCAGCCGUGAGAUUUCGGCUGCCGACAGUUUUUUUCCUCGGCACGCUUUCGCCAAAACUUUAUGCAGCUCACCAGAGGACACGCCCUCCAAUGGAUGUUUUCACCAGGAGGACGAUUCUCCCAUCAAGUCAGAGGCGGAGGACAGUAACGAAAUGGUAUCAUCAGAUGAAGACCAGGAUGUGGAUCAGGACCCGGACCAGGACCCUAGUGCCAACGCAAGCCUGGCCUCCCCCAGGAAAAGCCUCAACAAGAUGGGCAAGGAAAAGAAGAAGCAGACGCAGCUCACACUGCAGUGGCUGGAGGAGAACUACAUUGUGUGCGAGGGAGUGUGUCUUCCUCGCUGCAUCCUCUACGCUCACUACCUGGACUUCUGCAGGAAAGUCAAAUUGGAGCCCGCCUGUGCCGCCACUUUCGGAAAAACGAUCCGACAGAAAUUCCCUCUCCUCACCACGAGGAGACUGGGAACCAGGGGCCAUUCCAAGUAUCAUUACUACGGCAUCGGCAUCAAAGAGAGCAGCGCUUACUAUCACUCUGUCUACUCUGGGAAAGGUUUGACCAGAUUUUCUGGAAGUAAAAUGAAGAAUGAGGGAGGCUUCACCAGGAAAUACUCUCUCAGCUCCAAAACGGGAACGCUGCUUCCGGAAUUCCCCAGCGCUCAGCACCUUCUUCUGCACGGUAACAUCUCCAGGGAAAAGGUGGAUACGCUGAUCAUGAUGUACAAAACACACUGUCAGUGCAUCCUGGACAACGCCAUCAAUAUCAACUUUGACGAGAUCCAGAACUUCCUGCUGCACUUCUGGCAGGGCAUGCCCGACCACCUGCUGCCCCUUCUGGACAACCCACUGCUGGUCGACAUCUUGUGCGUGUGCGACUCCAUUUUGUAUAAGGUUUUGACUGAUGUUCUCAUUCCCGCUACAAUGCAAGAGAUGCCUGAAAGCCUGCUAGCAGAUAUCCGCAGCUUUGCCAAGCACUGGGAGCUGUGGCUGGCCUCCUCCCUGGACAAUCUCCCACAAUGCCUUGUGGCCAAGAAGCUGCCCAUCGCGCGUCGCUUUGUGUCCUCCCUCAAGCGGCAGACGUCCUUCUUACACCUGGCGCAGAUCGCCCGUCCGGCGCUGUUCGACCAAAGUGUCGUCAGCAACAUGGUGACGGACAUGGACAACGUGGACCUGAACAGCAUUAGCCUCCACUCGCUGCUCAGCAUCAACGCCAACGCCGACCAAUUACAUGACGCGUACUCCGACUAUGAGGCCAUCGCUGUCUUCAAGGAGCUAAAGGAGCUUCUGAGGAAGAACGCCACCGUCGAGUCGUUCAUCGAGUGGCUGGACACCGUGGUGGAGCACAAAGUUGUUAAGCCGGGCAAGCAGAGCGGCCGCUCGGUAAAGAAGCGAGCUCAGGACUUCCUGCUGCGCUGGAGCUUCUUUGGCGCGCGAGUGAUGCACAACCUGACUCUCAACAACGCCGCCAGCUUCGGUUCCUUCCAUCUAAUCCGGAUGCUUCUGGACGAGUACAUCCUGCUGGCGCUGGAAACCCAGUUCAACAAUGACAAGGAGCAGGACCUGCAGAACCUUCUGGACAAACACAUGAAAAAAGCAGGUGCCAGUAAAGCAGCCUUUUUGGCAUCUCCGAGUUCCUGCUUCUUAGCCAAUCGCAACAAGGCCGCUGGGGCAGCCGUCGUCGAACAAUUAGUGAAGAGCGAGUCCUCGGGACAGGACGACUCCACGUCUCUGUCGGCCAAUAGGCAGCGAGGGGUGGAGAUGCGCGUCGACAUCUACCCAGAGACAGAUUCUGUCGGCUUCCCUGGUCCAGGUGUUCCAACAGACUCGUGCGCUUCCGUCAUGACGCCCCCUAUCUCUCCAGCGGCACUGGUGCACCGAGGCUCGGUCAUCAACCAGGGUCCCCGAGCCCCGACUUCUUCCUCGUCCUGCUCCUCAUCCUCGUACAUCUCCACGUUGAACUCCGUGAGCCAGCCCAACCCGUGCGCCGCCUUCCCGGAGAACUUGUACCCCUGCUCGGCGUACUUCCCUCCGCCCGCUUCCACCUACCAGCCUGUCCUCAGGCCCGAGACGGAGAGCACGUUCUCAUCUUGCGUCCAGUCGUCAUCGUUGGCCUACCAGCUGUGUCGUUACGCCGCCUUCGAAGACCAGCAGCCGCCUGCCGCCAAAGACGUCUUGUAUGGGGACGCCCACUUCUCAUGCGGCUCCGGUGUCGGUCCCGCCUGCUCGCUGACUCCUUACACCUCUUCUGCCCGGCCCGCUUCCGUAUACGGCUGCGGCUCGGACACCGUCUCGAGCGAUCCCAGUCUGGAAGCUCACACGGCAGCUCACAUUUUGGAUGCCGCCGAUGGAAUCGGCUUUGGACUCAACCACUCAGGCAGUGGCGGCGAGGGUGCGGGACAAACGUACUCCGCUGCGGGACAAAACGGUUAUUACGGAAGCGGCAGCUACGAGGACCGCCAGCGGAUGGUGCCGGUGGCGGAGCAGCACGUGUCGGUCAUCAGCAGCGUUAGUAGCCCCCUCCUCUUGCUUCGCUCGCCGUACUCUGAUGUCCAUGACCCGCUUAACAUCCUUGACCGGCCCACCACUAAAAGCGCAACCUUCUAUAACGACGUACAAAAUGCGACAGGCUCGGCCCCCUGCAUGUACGGCGUCUCAUCGUCGGCGUUCUCCUCCCAGGGCACUUCGCUGUCCCAGCAGCGUGCCGACGUGCGGGACCUGGUCUCCUUGCUGCCCCCCAUCGACACGGUCUUCAUGGGCGCCCCGGGGGUCCCGUAACACACGCGAGACCAAGCAAUCCCCUAGAUCGAGGUAGGCCCAAGGCGCCCCCACUGGCCGACUUAGUUAUUGGAAUGUUGCGGGUGGGCGGGCCUUCGUGAGCACGGCCAUUGUUCGAUGCCUGUAUGCAGCAGCUGUAAAUAGUUUGGUCCUUUUUUUUUUCUUUUUCUGCUGCACUUUUUACAAUAAAGGUCAAAAUAUCUUUGGGAGUGAACCGCCACUCAUUUCCUGUCUCAAAGUCACUUUUUAGUUUUAUUUCAUACUUCACUUACGAGAUAUAGAAUAAGAUUUCAUGACACUAAGCAAAAAUGUCUAUUGACUGUUUUAUAAUCUUAGUUUUUCAAUAGCUAUUUAUACUGCUACAGUAUUUCUACAAAUAUUAAUGAAUAAUAAACAAAUACAUAAAUAUGUGAUUUGAUCAUUUGAUAAUUUAUUUGAAAAAUAUAAAAAAUCAGCUAAUAUAUUAAUAUUUUUCCUUAUCUAGCCAAAUCAGGUAACCGAACUAUUCUAAAUGAAUCUAAAAUAAUUGUCAUGAACUAACAAAAAUAGUGGGACAAAUAUUUAUAAAAAAUUAAUAGAAAUGACCAUCCCCGCCUUCAUCUGCUUAUCUGCUGCCACGGUGACAGAUGGCGGCGCGUGCGCGUUACAGCGCAUUACACCUUAAAGUACUUUUAAUUACAUGGUCAAUAAUGGCAGGCCACAAUUGGCCGAGUGCUUGUGUGAAAACAACAGAAGGCCCAAGGCAAACGUUGGGACAAUGUUUAACCACAUGGCGGACAAGCGCCCUCCGUAUGGCCUCACUGGCAUCUUUUGUCGGAACAAUGUAUAUGUUCCAAAGAAAUAUUUGAAAAU